AUGGAAGCGGUGGAGAAGGAAUGCGGGGCUCUGGGUGGCCUCUUCCAGGCCAUCGUCAAUGACAUGAAGUGCUCAUACCCGAUAUGGGAGGACUUCAGUACCAAGGCCACCAAACUCCACUCCCAGCUCAGGACCACAGUGCUGGCUGCAGUAGCCUUCCUGGAUGCCUUUCAGAAGGUGGCGGACAUGGCGACCAACACCAGAGGUGCCACCAGGGACAUUGGAUCAGCGCUGACCCGGAUGUGCAUGCGACACCGUAGCAUCGAGGCCAAGCUUCGUCACUUCACCAAUGCCUUGAUGGAGAGCUUGAUCACACCUCUUCAGGAGAGAAUCGAAGAUUGGAAGAAAACUGCCAACCAACUGGACAAGGACCACGCCAAAGAGUACAAGCGAUCUCGGCAUGAGAUCAAGAAGAAGUCCUCAGACACCUUGAAACUCCAGAAGAAGGCCAAGAGAGAGCUCAUGGGACGGGGGGACCUGCAGCCCCAGCUGGACAGUGCCAUGCAGGACGUCAGUGACAUGUGCCUGCUGAUGGAGGAGAUGGAGAAGCAGGCAGUGCGCCGUGCCCUGGUGGAGGAGAGGGGGCGCUUCUGCACCUUCAUCGGCUUCCUGCAGCCCGUCGUGAAUGGAGAGAUCGCCAUGCUGGGGGAGAUCACGCAUCUUCAGGCCAUUAUUGACGACCUGACCAUGCUGACCACGGACCCCCACAAACUCCCCCCUGCCAGCGAACAGGUGAUUAAGGACCUGCGGGGCUCCGACUACAGCUGGUCCUACCAGACACCCCCAUCCUCCCCCAGCAGCUCUGGCUCCAGGAAGAGCAGCAUGUGCAGUCUGGCCCAGCCGCCACCAGGGGGAGCCCACCGCCUCAGCAGUGUGUCUUCUCAUGACUCUGGCUUCAUCUCGCAGGACACCAAUGUCUACUCCAAGCCACCAUCGCCCAUGCCCUCAGACAUAACCAGCCAGAAGUCAUCGAGUUCUGCAUCAUCAGAGGCCUCGGAGACCUGUCAGUCCAUCAGCGAGUGCAGCUCCCCGACCUCGUGUGGCUCGUCCUUCGCUACCUUCCGCCCUACUCUCUCUCACACUGGCUCCGCCCGGCCUCUCUCUGUCAUACUUCCUGCGUCCCCACCCUAUAAACGCUCCCCUGGAUCCAACACCUCCUCUCCCACAUCCAAGGUUCCUUGCUGGAAGGAUUGGUCAAAAGUCUCCUACGAGCAGCCAAUGGUCACUGCGUUACAGCGGAAGAAGGAUCCUUUGGAGCGACUCAGAGAGCAGGAAGCCCCCUCUGGUGCCCAGGGGUAUGCUGGGAUACAUCCGGAAGAUUCUCACAGGCACAGGAUGACCCCGGCUUCCAUCGCUGCCAAGCACGGAGAGGAGGUCUCUCCAGCUGCCAGUGAUCUGGCCAUGGUUCUGACUCGUGGCCUCAGCAUGGACCAGCAGAAGACCAGCCGGGACUCCCUACAGUUCUCCAGUGGCUACAGCACGCAGACCACCACGCCGUCCUGCUCUGAGGACACCAUCCCCUCCCAAGUGUCCGACUACGACUGCUACUCUGUGAAUGGCGACGCAGAAGGCGAGGUGCAGACCGACUUCGACAAGUCCUCCACCAUCCCGCGGCACAGCAACAUCGCCCAGAACUACCGCCGCAUGAUCCAGACCAAGCGGCCAGCCAGCACUGCUGGCCUGCCCACUGCGGGGGGUGGCCAGGGCGGAGGGGGCGCGGGGACCCCGGGGACUGCCACCAUUCGGCGAACGCCCUCCACGAAACCCAGUGUACGGCGCACCCUGUCCAACACGGGCCCCAUCCCGAUCCGACCACCCAUGGUGCCAGUUAGGACGCCCACGGUGCCGGACUCCCCUGGUUAUACUGGGCCACCGGCUCGGGCGGGCAGCGAGGAGUGCGUCUAUUACGCCGAAGACGCCUCCCCCGGCACACCGGACUACACCAAGGCCUCGCCGAAGCGCCUGAGCCUGCCCAACACAGCAUGGGGCUCUGGUGAGAUGAGCGUCUACGCCCAGCCGGCUGAGGAAGACCAGUUGCUGGCCGCCAACCGGCACAGCCUGGUGGAGCAGAUCGGCGAGCUAGUGGCCAGCGCCCAGGCUCUGGGUGAGGGGCAAUUCCCCUUCCCCUCACAGCCCGAUGAGCCCCCACCCCGCCCUGUGCCCGCUCAGGACCCCCAGCCCCCAGGGGGGGAGGACAUGCUGGUUUCCAUCCGGAGGGGGGUCCGACUCCGCAAGACCGUCUCCAAUGAUCGGUCAGCACCUAGGAUUUUGUGACAGUCCCACCUAAGCGGGGGGCAUCUGGGCAAAAUACAAAAGUAACGACUCCAUUAAAGUCAGUAAAUAAUCUAACUAGACUAUACAGCCACAGAACAGCCCCGUCUCUGUAAUUUUAGUAUAUAUGGACGCAUGUUUUAAUCAUCAACACCCCAGCAGACGUGGGAGACUGCAAGGUGGCGGAUUGCAGCGUGGAGAGGUGGCCCACCCCUCUUGCCCCAAUCCUGGGGGAGGGGGCACAGUUUGCUGGCCAUGGAGAGUUCGAUAGAGGAUUUGGGUGAAAAAGUAGCGCUGAACUGCCUCUCUCUCCCCCCUGCUGCUUUCAUUUCAGAGACUUUCCGCUGUGGGGGCGUGGCCACCUUCGCGCCCCCCCCCCCCUCUCUCUGUGCUCCAUGUUAUGUGCGGGUUCCUGGAGGGAGGAUUGGGUGUUGCUGGCUGAGGGCACUGCUGCAGGUCAGCUGGUGGCCUCAAGGGGGAGCUCUCUGCUGCCAGGAUUAGUCUAUUUUUUCUUUGGGGGGGCGGGAGUGGUGAGGGUUUACCUUGUAUUCCACUCCUUAGAUUUCCAGGCUGUGUAAAGGGACUGAUACUGUGUCACUAUUUCACGAAAAGAUGAUUUAAAAAUAUGCCAGGCAUAUAAGUGUAUUUUUAGAAGACUUAGUGAACAUUUCAGUAUGAAAUCAAGCAAUAAAUGUGCUGUUUGGGUGGGAGGAUAAAAUUUAAAGAAUAGAUUUUUAUUACUGUAUAGGUUUUAUUAGUGUAUAGGUUUUCUUUCGUUUCUAACUUCAGGCGGUCAUCAGGCAAACAGUUUUAAAUUCUGUACAGCGUCUCAUGACAACCUUGGCACUUUGGUAAAUUCCCUGGGUGAGCUCUAGAUGUCACUGUGGUCACACUCUGACAUUCACUGCCAUGGCAACACAACGAGGCGCGCGUAAUCUUACACGUUAAUGUGAAGGAUUAAGGCAAAACAAGGUGAAACGGAGAAGAGCCAAUGGAGUUCGCAGGAUGUUAUGAUGUGGAUUUAUUUAUUUUCUGGCGCAGAAAGAAGAUUCACAAGCGAACAGUUUGAUGUAUGUAUGUUGUUGACUCGUGCAGUUUAGGUGAAGACUUGCACAGAAAUUGGUUUCACGUGGGAACUCUGAGUGAAGUGUGCUGGGAAAUCCUGCUGCGCAUGUGCGUUGGAGGCUCAGGUAGUAAGCAGAGAGCAGAUGAGGCAGAAGAGAGCUGGAAGUGAGGUUUUUGCGCGCACACUCACUCGAGCGAAGUAACAGCAGCUGUACAUGAAAUCUAGGUGUGGAAUAAAGUGUAGGUAGCGUGCAAAAAUAUACUUGUAAUAGAUCUUGAUGACAUUUAAUCUUUAGUGAAAAGCAAAUGUCCGGAGGCUAAAUUAACAUAGCAAUUAAUGGUGCGACAUCUCUUCUUUAUUUUGACACUUACAGCUGUUUCACUCAAUAUGAGGGAAGAAACUACAGAUCACCAGAUGCCUGGAUUUAUGUCAGCCUUAUUUAAAGGUGUCAUACAGUUAAAGGGUGGGGGGGAAAAAACUCCUGUGAUAUGAAAUGGGACAUUCUAGGCCUUCAGGUUUCAUUUAGAGAUGUCUGGUGGAAACGUGUUGGAAUAAUGUGUUAAGACUGAAAGCCAGAAAUGACAGGAAGUGUGGGGGGGGGGGAAGCACCAGGAGGAGGGACUUCCUGUGUGACAGCAAAAAGCUCACCUGAGCAUGAUGACCACUAACAUGUACAUAUUUCACAUAGACACACAACACCGUUUAUUUAUUUCAGACAAAUAGUACACCCUGUUCUUGAAGACACUUGUAGCCACAUUCAGUGACAACUUUAUUGCAAUUUUUUCCCCCAAAUGUUUCCUUUUGUACUGUACUGGAGCAAGCGUUGUUCCCACACUGUGAAGGAGCACAGCGGUGUGGAGGAGGCAGAUUUGACCAAAGGGGCGGGGUUAGUGAACCAGCAGCUCAGCAGCGACCCCACAUGGAUGUGUCUGGACUUGCAGGCAGCUGGUGAUCCUCCAUAGUUACACUGAAGCACAGGUCAUAACUUUGUAUGUAAAUAAACAUAUAUAUAAAUAUAUCAGAAGGUGAACACUAAUUGUAAAAGUCGCAUUGCAGAAAUAAUAAAAAACAGUGUUUGACACUAAUUCUACUGUCUAGAUGUACUGGGGGAAAAAAAAAGGCAAAAGUCAAGUCCACAGGGUGACGGGAGUGCUGUAUCGUGUUUUUCGCUGAUUAAAAAUAUGACAUCAUCAUCAAAUCUAAUUUGGCAAAGCUCGGUAUAUCUAGUUUCUCAUGUUGUCUGAAUGUUGACAGUCAGACUUUCUUUUUUGUGUUGGCAUUGUUUAAAUAGAUGUGUCAUCUUGGAAGCUCAGGAUGCUGGGUGUGGGGUUGGCUUUCGGACCUGCUGUGGUCACUGGUUCUAGUUUGGCUCUCACCCUCAGUCUGAAGCACCAUCCCAUACGUUGACCUGGGUUGGACCUCACUUCCCCUCACACACAUGCUUGUAAACCUGGUUUCACAAGUACGUGCAAAUACUCAAGAUCCUAAGUGGUGAUUCUGUGCUGGAGGAACAUUCUGCUGAAGGCUCAGGUGGAACUUAAAAAAAAUGACCCAGCACUUUCGCCCAAUCUGGUCACCUUCCUCAGAGCAGGAUGAUGCGUACAUCUUAGAAGGCUCCCUGUAAGUGUGGUCCAGUUCCAGGCUGUUCUUGGGGGCAAAAGGAGCACCUUAGCCUUCUCCUAAGUGCCACUGGAGGAAUGCUUCCCAUUUUUCGUGUUGUGUGUUGGUCUGGGACCGAGAGACAGUUUUCGGGCUGAGGGAAGCAUCCACUAAUGAGACCCAGCACAUGAUUCUGCACUGACCGUCCUUCCUGUGUGCUCUUAAGGAACUCCCCUGCCAUUGUGGAACGUGUGGAUCUUGUUAGGUUCUGUAUUGUUCUGCCCUUAUUUCUGUCUUGCUGAUGUUCGAUUGAUAGAGGGUCCAGCUGCUGGGUGGCUUGAAGGCACCUCUGUAAUUUCUCUCAGUCUUCCAGAGCCAUUUGUUACUCUGAGAGAUUAAGCUGGGCCAUAAGGCUCGGGACGAGAGCUCGAUGUACAGCUGCGGGCUUCUCCAGGACUCGUUGUGUCUUCAUGCCCAGCGGCGUUUGCUGCUCGUACUCCAGAGAGACUCUCUGUGUCAUGUAUCACCACACCAUGAAGCACGCCCCCUGCCCCCCCCCAUACAGACAAAUCGAGUCUCGGGUUAGCAGAAAGGACCGUCGCUUUUGCAUCCCUCGGUCAGGCACUUUAUGCCGGCCCCCUCUGUUGAAGUAAUCCCACAGUGCAUAUGAGGAAGAAAAAACUGCAAGAUAAAAGCUUGGGUUAAAUGGAUGAAUAUAAGUGUGGUUUCAAAAGCUCGAGCCGUCUCCCUGGAUGCAGGGCUGACAUUAGCCCCACCUGUAGGGGGAGCUCUCCGUUGGUAAGUCGCCAGACGGGCGCCGGAAAAACCGCACGCCAGUCGCUCGCGUCUCCAGCCUCCUGUAGUACAUGAUGACCUCUGACCCUGUCACUCCGCCUCCUCUGUCACUCCUUUCACUGACCUGAAGGACCUAAAAACACAGGGUCUCUGAACUUGACCUUUGCCACAGUUAAAAAAAAAUGUUUUUUCUUAUUAUUGUGGAAAUAUAUGAUGUGUUUGUUGUUUUCGUACGAAACCUCUCCUUCCAGUGAAGUCCAGUAACGCUGCGGAUCCCCGUCACACACUGUCUCCUCCCCUUUCUCUCUUCCUCUUUUUAAUUUAUUGUGUUUUUUUAAUUAUACAUUUGUCUUUUUUGUAAUAUUUACCCUCUUGAUUUGUUAACUUUAGUCACUGCUAACGUAACAAAAUGCACUGUGAUGGAUCCAGUAUUAAUAAAAGUUGUACUUAAAUGCA